AUGUGGCAUCGUCUUCGGGUCCAGGUGCUGGGUUCAACGGCGGUGCGGGCAGAGGCGCCGCGGCUGACCUCGAGCAUAGCCCUGAUGGAGCAGAAGGCAGGGCUUCGGAAUCUGCACCAGUACCCCACAGCUCGGCACAAAAGCUUGGUAAAAGACCGCAUCCGCUUUGCACGGAACUGGUGGUUAACGGGGGGGAACAACUACGAGUUGGUGCACGAAGAGGGCCAUGAGCGAGAGGCCACGGAGUGCUUCGCGGAGUACGCCCAGGAUUCAGGCAAUGACGUUUACCUUUUCUCGACUAACAGGCUGAGUGAUCUGCCGCCACGAGAGCGACUUAACGCUAUUGUUGGCCUCAUGAGUGCUCGUUGGAAGGUCAAUGAUGGCAACCGUGGCUUUGACAAGGCGAAGCUGCUUCUUCAGGCCCUGGAGUGCUUUAGUGAGAUGCGUCUCUCUGGGCAAAUUAAAGAAUAUGAGGAGCUCCCAGAACCCGAUCAAGACACGUUUUUGCAGUACGUUGAGGGCUGCUCUCGGUUUGCGCAGGCAUGUGUGCAUUCGCAUCCCAAUGCUGUUGCGAUUUUGUUGCGUGUGGCCCAAAUUUGUGAGGAAAUGCGGUGUAGCGGGAAACGCGAUGAAAUGAUUCAUGUGGUGGAAGCGGCGGCGGAUCGCAUGAACCGUGUGUAUGCCUUUAAUCGUCCCGACGAUAACUUGAAGGUAGCGCCACCGUCACUGAUGGAAAAUGAGGCGAGUGUUCGAAGGAAAAAUUUUGAAGAGUUACAGAGGCGAUAUGGUGACAAGGCAACCCACGUGCUUGAGGAAAAACAACGGGCAGAGUACGUCCGCAUUCACCGGAACAAACGACUCUACCUGCGCCCCAUGGAGAAGGGUAGAAAGGAGAUGGAGACGAUGAAGCUUCCCGCGCGACCCGAGUUCGAUGUGUGGACGACACCUUCUCGGUAG